UGUCUGCAGGGUUUAAGAGCAGCACAGCCCACAGACGGACUCACACUGAGCGCUGAGUGAGUGGGCACAUUGACACCAUAGUGACCCCCAGAAUGGAUGUGUUUCUCCUCCUGCUGUGUCUGGGGCUGCUGUCCUCAGUGAGAGCCAAGUCUCAUCAGUCUCACUGGUGCUACCAUCGCGGGCAGUGUGGACCUUCUGCCUGGGUGUCCAGGCCUAUUGGUCACUGCAAUGGGCAACGUCAGUCUCCUGUGGACAUCAGGACCUCCGGAGUGACCACUGACCCCAGUCUGACUGAGCUGACCUUCACUGGGUACAGAGAGAAGAACAUCAUGAGAGAACUGACCAACAACGGACACACAGCUGCACAUCGUCCAUGUGAAGAAGGGGAAGAGUUUGCCUGUAGCUCUGGCUGAUCCUGGGGGCAUCGCUGUCCUGGGCUUCUUC